AAGCGUGCCAAGAAACAAGCAACCCUGGCUAGAUGAUGUGUAGUACGUCCCUGUCGCCUUACACAACCAUGCUCAUAUUAUUGCUUCGUAUCACUUCUCGUCUUCUCACAAAUACAAGAUGGCCAGGAGCUCCUUGUGGCAUUCAGAGCGCCCUGCAAGCAGCGCUGCACCUUAUGGAGGCAGCGGUUGUUGACAAGGAGAGAGGAGGGACCUGGCCAAUCCUAAACGGUGGCGGCGGCGCCGGCGGCAAUGGUCACCGUGGUCACAGCGGCGGCGGGGCCAGAAUUGCACCGGUCGAGCUCAACCUCCUGGCGGGGAUGGUCGGCACGCCGGGCGCCGAGCCCGAGCCCGAGCCGCCGCAGCUGUUCGCGUGCCACUACUGCCGGCGCCAGUUCUACAGCUCGCAGGCGCUCGGCGGGCACCAGAACGCGCACAAGCGCGAGCGCACGCUGGCCAGGCACCGCGCCGACGCGGACCAGCUCGUGCUCGCCGACCACGCGCGCGCGCCGUUCGCCGUCCACGGCGCCUUCACGCAGCUGCGGGCUGCAGCUGCGCCGGCGCUGGAGUGGAUGCGCGCGCCGAGCGGCCGGCCUCCACCGGCGGCGGCAGCGGCCGGCGAGCGGCGGUUGACCGGCGGGUACGUUGACAGCCCAGGGGCCGGACAGGAAGAGCGGCCUAAGGUUGAUUUGACACUGAAGCUGUGA